CGCAGUUAGCUAUUUGUGUAUCUGCGUUUUACUGUAACUUCGUCAGGCUAUGAUACAUAACUUCCGUGUUUCCACGCGUAACGUUAGGUCCAGACGCACAAACGUGUCAAAUAAAGGACCAAUGUCUUAUCAAAAAACAAGAAUGGGUCAGUCAGAGAGCGAGCACAUUCAUGUUGCUUCGAGGCAAUGCAGUUCAGGCGAAUGCACAGUUUUGCAGCCAGAUGUUCCUCUAGCUGUCGUUGAGGAGAUCCUACUGAACCUGCCUGAACAUCAGGUGGUGCGAGUCUGUCGGCUGGUGUGUCGUGAGUGGAAGGAGCUGGUGGACAGUGCUGCACACUGGAGAGAGCGCUGUCGGAGAGAGGGGAUCCAGCCCUGUGAUGCUUCCAGACCCCCAAAGGACUGGCGCCUGUUUUACUUUAUAAUUAAGAAGCGACGGAACUUGCUCAAGAAUCCCAGAGCUGAUGAUGAUCUUCAAGGAUGGGAGAUUGUACAGAAUGGAGGUGACCGUUGGGCAGCCGAGGAAAAUAGGAAACCAUUUCCGGACGACACAGUCACCAAAUGUUUUAUAACAUCUUAUGGGUUAUGUUUGAAACGACAGCUGAUUGAUUUGACGAAAGAAGGUUAUAGUGGUGAUUUCAUGGAUCAACUGCAACCUCAUAUCAAAAUAUCAGACUGGUAUGCGCCACGCUUUGAUUGUGGGUGUCAAUAUGAGGUCUGUGUAGAGUUGCUUGAUCAGAAGAAAAAAACCAUCAAAUCCUUUCAGCCUGAAAAAGUUUUCUUUCAACAGUGGAACGAUGAGCCGUGGUGUCAAAUGACACACGUCUUUAAGGAUUAUGGACGUGGGGUUCGGUUUAUUCGUUUCACUCAUGGAGGGGUGGAUACACAGUUCUGGGCAGGCUGGUAUGGAAUACGGGUCACUAACAGUAGCGUGGAGAUCUGUCCUGCUGCAGAGAAAUAGUGUCUUCCUGCAUGUUUUUUUUACAUUCCUAAAUUUACACAUAUAACCCUCAGAUGAGGAAUUCUAAUUAUGAAUUAUGCUAUAAGGAGAUACCAAGAAUGUUAUAACAUUACAAAGUUCUGUUGUAAAUGUUAGUGACUAUCCAUACAGCCGGACAUGCACUGCUUAUGAUAUAAUCAAUUACUUAAGUGCAAUAAAUUACUACAAAGUUACUGUGUGUAAGUGAUGUUAAUCUUUGAAACUUGUACACUCUAUAAUAUAGUUGAUUAACGUCAGUUGUAACAGUUAAGUGAAGUAAGAAAUGUGAGCUCUAGUGGUAGAAACUUUACUAGUGACCCCAACGGCAUGUGCAAUUUUUUGAAAAAGUUCCCAUUUAUUCAUGCUAUAGUAAAAAACCCAUAUUUACAGUA